AUGUGUGUUUGUGUUGCAGACGAGCCGGAGACGAGGGACGCGUGGUGGGAGGAGAUUCGUCAGGAGAUCAAGUCUCAUGCCAAAGCCCUGGGUUGCCACGCUGUUGUGGGAUACAGCGAGAGCACCAGCAUCUGGUACACUACACACACACACCAUACUCAUACUCACACAAUACAUAGACUGAAGCGCUAUUUCAAAGUCUGUUAGUGUAUUAUAGGCAAAGAAAUGUAUCUAAAGUUAUCCACCAUCUCCACCCUCUCUUCUCCUCCUUCUCCCCUCACUCCUCUUCCCACAGUGAGGAGGUGUGUAUCCUGUCUGCAUCUGGCACGGCAGCCAUGUUGAAUCCCAGAUUCAUGCGUGAGGGCUGUCUGGACACUGGCGGCAGCGACCACAGGUUGUCACGGCAACCGCACCCCAGCAUGGUGGGGUCGGAGAGGGGCGAUGGGGAAGUUAGCUCAACUUGGCUGGGGUAGGAACACACACACAAUGCUGGAUGGGUGUUAGUGUAGGUAUGAGAAGAUUUGAGUGGCCGGGAGGUUUUGGACUAACCUAGUCAUUGAUUGGUUCUAAAUGGAGAGUGGUGUUAUGAAUUGGAUUAAUUGAAUUAAAAAAUUGCAUUUUAGCAGUCUUUCUGAGCAGUGUGUGUAUUCCAGGUUUGAGGAUGCGUCGCCCCCUAGCUGCGGGUUUUGUCACAUCCCGUAUGAUGAGUUCAACAUGCCGUUCCCAGCUCAGCUCACAUACUGCUACCACUGUAGGAGACAGAAGGUCCCUGACGUGCUCUUUACUACCAUAGACCUACCUGCUGAGGCUGCUGUUACUGGAAAGGGCUGCCUCAUACAGGCCAGGUAACACACACACUACCACCAUAUAUCCUGUCUAUGUGUGGGUAAUAUUAUGUUGUUCCUCCAAACUGUUUCCUACGAAGAAGGUGGCCCAGGGAGGUGUAUAAAAUUGUGUUAUAUUACAGGUUGUGUCGUACGAAGAAGAAGGCCCAAGGGGAGGUGAACGCUACAGCCAUCUCUAACCUCCUCCCCUUCAUGGAGUAUGAGCUCCACACCCAGCUGAUGAACAAACUCAAGCUGCGCUCCAUGAACGCUCUGUUUGGACUCCGCAUUCAGAUCAGUGUGGGAGAAAACAUGCUCCUGGGACUAGCUGUAAGUCUGUGUGCUUGUGUGCGUGCCUACCUCUCCUCGAGUCUUCUACAAGGUGUGUAUCUGACAAGUGUGUGUGUGUCCCUCUCUCUGACGUGUGUGUGUGUGUCCAGUCUGCAACGGGCGUGUACUUGUCAGCGCUGCCAGCUCCAGGUGGUAUCCAGAUAGCUAGUAAGACCCCCAGUGACCUGAGCUACGACCAACACAUCUCCACCAUGCAGAAACGCAUCAAUGACACCAUCGCCAAGAACAAGGAGCUCUACAACAUACACCCCCCGGUGAGACACACACACAGCCAUAUGUGUGUAGCUGUAAUUCUGUGUAAAUAUGAAGGUGAUAGUUAUCUCCUCUCUGUAUCUUUCUCUGGUUGUUAAGAAGUUAUUUACGUUGGACCCUGAGGCAUUCACCAGCCUGAAUACGGUACUGAGCAUGCCCAAUUAGUGAUGCAUGCCACACUACCCUCUCUAUUAAUCACAGCUCUCUAUGAGUGCAACACCCUCUAGAAUCACAGCUCUGUAUGAGUACAAUGGCCUCUCAAGAAUUAAACAUCUAUAUGAGUACAAUACACUAAAAUCACAAUAUGAGUAGUCCUACAAUUACAGCUGUAUGAGUACAGUCCAGAAUCACUGCUCUAUAGUAAAUGCGUACACUCUAGAAUCACAACUCUGUGUAAGUACAGUCUAGAAUCAGAGCUCUAUGAUGGUACACUCAAGAACACAGCUAGUAUGCUCAUGCAUUUCCAAGGGGCGUGCAACUGUAGUUUUUCUUAACACAAAAUACAUUAGUGCAACAAAUUUGGCAGAAAAUAGUUUAUCAGAUGACAACAGCAGUGUAAUGCUAUUUGGCUAGCAUCCACACAUCAGUAAAUUAGCUUACAAUCAAUAAGCAAGGUAUUUUUAGCAAAAAUGUUUAUCAUAGAAAGAAUGUAGCCAGCUGCAUUUCCUAAUGUUUUGUUUGCAUUUUAACUUGCUACCGGAGAAAAGUACCUGAGAAAAGUAGCCUACACAUCAGUCAGAGCUCUGUCUGGUGAUCCAAUGACUAGAGCAAAGAUAUUUCAUCCGAGUGGAAAAGUGAAACUGAAGCAUGAAAUUAGUCCUUUUACAUUAAUAAUUUUGAGCAAACCCUGACUGAAGCCAAGCAGAAUUUACAAUAAGAAGCAUUUUAGAUCUGCAUUUACAAAAUGCAGCAAGAUAUUUUUUCUGCGUUUUGUCUUUCCUUUUCUGCGUGAAAAAAGCUAAAUCCUGCGUUAACUCGACCCCUGAAAAGAGUCCUCUCACUUUCCCUCCCUCUACUAAAUUGUGUGUGUGUGCUAUUAACUAAUAUAAAAACCUACUCUGAUGAUAGCGCUAUAUUGGGUGUGGGUGAAUUGGAUGUGAUAUGGAAGUAGCUACUUAUUGUGUGGUUUGGACUGAUGGUGUUUCUAUGGGACUGUGACUAACUCAGCGGCUCAAAACCCGGACAGGGUUGGUCAGAAACACACAGACACACGUUUACAUGUAUUGUUGUGUUGUUGUUAUUGCUGUUGUUGUAGGAGUGUAUUGAGGAGGUGGUGGGGUCUCCUAUCCCUGACAGACAGCGGUCCAGCAGACUGUUCAGGUCUACCUCUGAGAGUUCAGACGAGCUGUCAGAACUAGACCUUUCCCACGGCAAGAAGGAUGCCUUCGUACUGGAGGUAUGGCUGGCUGGGUGUCCUGUACUGUAGGGUGUGUUAUGUUGGAUGUGUAAAUUGUAGUGUGUGGUCAUAGUAUAGGAUGCGGUGUGUUAAUGCAUUUCUUCUUCUGUCUUAAGAUUGAUGACACUGAUGCAGUAGAGGACAUCCAAUCCCUACUCACUGAUGCCCCCAUACCUGCAGGUAUACACACAGGCACACUGUUCUACUAUAAAUUAUAUUUUCAAUUCGGCUCUGCUCUUUCACCAUAUCCGUCCAUCUGUCUGUCUCUCUCCAGGGUUCUACAGCUGUAACACGGAGGUCAUGCCUGGGAUUUACAACUGGACUUCAGGACUACAGGUUAGACUCGCACACUGAAACAAUACUACUACCACUACUACUACUGUACUACAGGUUAUUGUGCGAUUUAUAAUAUCUUGUUCUCUUCUGUUCCUCCCAAGAUGUUUACGUCUGUCCGGGUCUACAGACUCAGUAAUGCCAAUCUGACCAACCAGGGCCUAAACAAGAUCUUCACUGACCUCUGUGAGAACAUGCUCAGAGUAAGACCAUACACACAAGAGGGAAGCAUGGGUCAAGCGUUGUUGUUCCUCUUACUUAAUCUACUUAAUCUAUAACUUCCAUAUUAAAUUGAACUGUCUGCUUUUUAUUUGUCUGUGUGUGUAGAGUCUAUACUUUAAGCUGCGUUCCAUGAUCCCCUGCUGUCUAUGCCAUCUCAACUUCACUGUAGCCGUACCAGAGGAAGAACUCAUACAGGUGAGAGGACAUGCUGUACAUACCUGAGCACACCUCUCCUAUCUUGUCCAUCUUUCUUAACUAAAUUUUUGUCAGUGUCUUUUUCUUACAUUUGUGUCAUUAAAUGAUAGCAACAAGGUAAAGAUAGUUUCAUUUUCUCACAUACCUUCUCCCGUUUUCUCUCCCCCUCUCCCUUCCAGGUGGCGGUGACAGCCGUAGCCAUGAGUUUUGACAAGGAGACUCAGCAGGCAGUCACCAAGGGUCAGUAUUCUUAAAGGCUAUAUGUCAGGGCUUAGAGAAGGUUCUGGAGUUAUGGAGAGCUGGAGAGAUAAGACCCUCUACUUGAGUUGGUGCACUCUGGUGGGUUGAGUGGUGAAAGAGAUUGAACUCUGUGUGUGUUUGUUUGUUUGUUUGUUUUCCAGGGAGUGGUGAGAAUGAGGAGCAGCUACAGUUUUCUAUGGAGCUGUGUGGAGAGUCAACGUCCUCCAACAACCAGCCUACAGCCAAACCUUCAGGUACACCACCACACCUUACUCCUUAUACCCUCUAACCCUAACCACUCACAACCGCCUAACCUUUAUCCUCCAAUAACCAUCCCUCAGCAGACAAAACAUCAGAAAUCCUCUAACUGCCUGUAAUCUCUCACCCCUUGAAACUCCCUUAACCAUAGUGUUCUAUUCUCUGUCUUUUUCAAUGUGUUCCGUGGUGGUUGUUAAGCAUGAAUUUACCACCUGAGACUGUAUGACCAGGUAAAUACUGUGACUGUAUAACCAGGUAAAUCCUCUCUCAGGUAUUUUAGACCUGCAGCCCUGUCUGUGUAUCUAGAGCGAAGUGGAGUAAUAGCAUUUUGAUGUCUAGAAGAGAAACAAUCCUGUUCUUCAUUGGUCUGGAAAGAGAGCAGGGGUUCAACCAAAACGGCCGCCCUCCACCUCCUCCAUAUCAACCAAGACUAGGAGAUGGGAUUUAGGACUAGGGAACAAGAUGUGGAUAUAGGACCAGGUAGUAGGACAAAGGAAUAGAACGUAGGAAAGGAAGUGUCUGUAAGGUAUUCAGAUACUGUGUGUUGUAUCUUGCUGAGGACUGAAGAGUCAACACCUGUGGGUGUGUCUGGCAGUGGAUCAUGGUGUGUGUAUGUCGACAGGUGUUCCUGAGAGUGUCAUGGUCCACUCCUCGUCUCGAGGUAAGCCCCAUCCCACCCCCUCCCGGCUGCCAUGGCUACCACGGUCCUGUUUUAAGUUCUCAUCCUUUUGUUCUCCUGCUCCGCCCCCAACCUCAUCCUUUAUUUAUUGUAUUUUUUUGUCCCAUGUUCUUUUCUUUAUGUGUGUCUGUAUUAUGCAUUAUGUUAUGUUGUGUGUAUGCGGUUUUCGGUACUUGUGUGCGCGCGCGCAUAUAUGCGGUGUGGAUGUUGUGUUCUCUCUCUCUGUUUGUGUGUGUGUGUGCAUGUAUGCGGUGUGUGUGUGUGUGUAUUUUUCUCCAGCUCCCUCGGUUGAUUACGGUUCCUUUGCAGACAGAUGCAGCACCUGGCUAGAGCUGCUUAGGCUGAAAGCUCACACCAUAAGACGAGGAUCAGUUAAGACAAGUAGGAGGACACAGUUGCUAGCACACUCUGGUACACACACACACACGCGCGCGCGCACACAAACAAAUAUACACAUCCCUCCCCGCUGGGUGGUGGAGCGUCGCAGAUCAUGCACCAGCUGAUUAGCUAGAGUGUGAAAGUUGAAGCUCCACCCCUCAGAGGGUUAGCCCACCAACAGCCAGUGUAUAACCUCUGACUCUGUCGCAAUAGUGACCGACAUGGAGGAAGUAAACAUCAAAGAGGAUCUUAAAACCCGCUUAAACCGCACUAAAAAUAUCUCACUAAAGCUGGCAACUGGGGGAAAUGCAGUUUGAUAUUUCUGCGCUACGUAAAUUAACUGUCAUAAACUGUGAUGAUAACUGAGCAUAAUUAACUGGGUUUAAAUGACACGACACAUCUCAAAUCACACCCUAUUCCCUUUAUAAUGCACUACUUUGGAUCAGAGCCAUAUGGCAGAUCCCUGUGUAAUGCUCUAACUGGGGAGUGAUUUGAGAUGCAGACAUAAUGUUGUUCAAAUUGUCUGUGAAGGUUCCUGGUCUGAUUGAAGCAUCAUUCACUAUGUUACUAGAUGGAACAUCUUUCACACUCUGUCUUGAUUCAAUCAUUCUGCUUAGCAGACUGCCUUCUGUUUCUGUUUUGUAUCGAUCAUAUACACACACGCUAAUUCAAACAAACGCACAUGGGGACUCGUUCUCACACAUAGGUACAGUGCCUUCAGAAAGUAUUCUUACCCCUUAACUUAUUCCACAUUUUGUUGUUAGUCUGAAUUCAAAGUGUAUGAAAUGUUUUUCUCACCCAUCUACACACAAUACCCCAUAAUGACAAAGUGAAAACAUGUUUUUAGAAAUGUUAGCAAAUUUAUUGAAAAUGAAAUACAGAAAUAUCUAAUUUACACAAGUAGUCACACCCCUGAGUCAAUACUUUGCAGAAGCACCUCUGGCGGCGAUUACAGCUUUGAGUCGUCUUGGGUAUGUCUGUAUCAGCUUUGCACAUCUGAAUUUGGGGAUUUAAUCAAAUUCUUCCUUGCAUACUUUCUCAAGCUCUCAUAAAUUACAUGGGGAGCGGCGGUGAACAGCAAUCUUCAAGUCUCCACAGAUUUCCAAUGGGAUUCAAGUCUGGGCUUUGCCUGGGCCACUCAAGGACUUUCACAUUCUUGUUCUGAAGCCAUUGCAGCGUUGCUUUGGCUGUAUGCUUGGGGUCAUUGUCCUGUUGGAAUUUAAAUCUUUGCCCCAGUCUAAGGUCGUUUGCAUGCUGAAGCAGGUUCUCAAGGUCUUGCCUGUAUUUGGCUCCAUUCAUUAUUCCCUCUAUCCUUACCAGUCUCCCAGUCCCUGCCACUAAGAAGCAUCCCCAUAGCAUGAUGCCACCACCAUGCUUCACGGGUAGGGAUGGUGUUCGACAGGUGAUGAGCUGUGCCUGGCUUUCUCCAGACAAAGCACUUUGCAUUCACCUCAGAGUUACAUUUGUCUCGUCAAACCACAUCUUUUGCCUUAUGAUCUCAGUCUUUCACAUGCUUUGCCUUAUGAUCUCAGUCUUUCACAUGCUUUUUUGCAAACUCCAGGUGUGCUGUCGUGCCUUUUUCUCAGGAGUGGCUUCCAUCUGGCUACUCUCCCAUAAAACCCAGAUUGGUGAAGUGCUGUAGAGACUGUUGUCCUUCUGUCAGGUUCUCCCAUCUCAGCCAAGGAACUUUAGUUCUGUCAGAGUGGUAAUUUGGUUCUUGGUCACCUACCUGACCAGUUGCUCAGUUUGGUCGGACGGCCAGCUCUAGGCAGAGUCUGGGUAGUUCCAUAUUUUUUACAUCUCCCAACGAUGGAGACCACUGUGCUCUUUGACACAUUCAACACUGAAAUUGUUUUAUACCCUUCCCCAGAUAUAUGGCUCAUCACAAUUCUGUCUCGGAGAUCUAUGGACAGUUCGUUGGACUUCAUGGUGUAGUUUCUGCUCUGACAUGCACUGUCAACUGGGGACCUUAUAUAGACAGGUGUUUCUUUCUAAAUCGUGUCCAAACAAUUGAAUUGGCCACAAGUUGUAGUGACAUCUGAAGGAUAAUCAAAGGAAAUUGGAUGCACUUGAGCUCAAUUUGGAGUGUCAUAGCAAAGGGGUCUGAAUACUUAUGCAAAUUAGAUUUCUGUAUAUCAUUUUCAAUACAUUUGCAAACAUUUCUAAAAAACAUGUUUUCACUUUGCCAUUAUGGGGUAUUGUGUGUAGAUGGGUGAGAAUUCUUUUUUAUUUAAUCCAUUUUGAAUUCAGGCUGUAACACAACAAAAUGUGGAAUAAGUUAAGGGGUAUGAAUACUUUCUGAAGGCACUGUAAAUACAUACGCACGCACACAUGUGGCUGAGGUCUGGCCAGUCUGUCUGUCUGCGGAGGCUGUAUGGCUGUUUAUCUGUCUGUCACUACAUGGCAGCUCACGCUUUCAUCACUGUGAUUAUACUGGCACCAUGCUGCCUUACUGCGCACACACACACUCACAUACACACACCGCUUAUAGUUCAUAUUCAAAUUACACACACACACUGCAUCGAUUUUCUUCCAGCUCAUAGCUCAUGUCUGCUAUUCUUUGUAGCGCCAUCUAAAGGCUGAGUUUGUUAUCUCCAUCCAUCCCUUUCUUUUUUUCUCUCUCGCUCCCUUUCUCUCCCCCAUCACCCCUCCUCCAGUCUCGUCUUCAGAGCGCUGCAGUCCUCUCCCAGAGGGGCGGUCCCGGUCUCUACGCUCCACCAGGUCGUUGCCGUGCAGUGCCCCUGUUACCGUGGUGAAGAUGACUCCUCUGUCCUUCCUUCCCGGGACGCGCAUUGUGAAAUACUUGGGAAUCAUCAACAUGUUCUUCAUUAGGGAGACCACAUCACUACGAGAGGUACACUCACACACACGUUUGUGUGAUAGAUUCCUGAAGGUGUCAUCAGAGAUGAAUAGGAAAUGAGGUGUGCGUAGUCUGUUCCUCUGCUCGCUCAUAGCAGUGAUAAAAAAUAUAUAUAUAUAUUUCACCAUUAUUUAACCAGGUAAGCCAGUUGAGAACAAGUUCUCAUUUACAACUGCGACCUGGCCAAGAUAAAGCAAAGCAGUGCGAUAAAAACAACAACACAGAGUUACAUAUGGGGUAAACAAAACAUAAUGUCAAAAAUACAACAGAAAAUAUAUAUACAGUGUGUGCGAAUGUAGUAAAUUAUGGAGGUAAGGCAAUAAAUUGGCCAUAGUGCAAAAUAGUUACAAUUUCAUAUUAACACUGGAAUGAUAGAUGUGCAAAAGAUUAUGUGCAAAUAGAGAUACUGGGGUGCAAAUUAGCAAAAUAAAUAACAAUAUGGGGAUGAGGUAGUUGGGUGGGCUAAUUACAGAUGGGCUGUGUACAGGUGCAGUGAUCGGUAAGGUGCUCUGACAACUGAUACUUAAAGUUAGUGAGGGAGAUGAGAGUCUCCAGCUUCAGAGAUUUUUGCAGUUCGUUCCAGUCAUUGGCAGCAGAGAACUGGAAGGAAUGGCGGCCAAAGGAGGUGUUGGCUUUGGGGAUGACCAGUGAGAUAUACCUGCAGGAGCGCAGACUAGGGGUGGGUGUUGCUAUGGUGACCAGUGAGCUAAGAUAAGACUGGGGUUUGCCUAGCAAUGAUUUAUAGAUGACCUGGAGCCAGUGGGUUUGGCGACGAAUAUGUAGUGAGGGCCAGCCAACAAGAGCGUACAGGUCACAAUGGUGGGUAGUAUAUGGGGCUUUGGUGACAAAACGGAUGGCACUGUGAUAGACUACAUCCAAUUUGCUGAGUAGAGUGUUGGAGGCUAUUUUGUAAAUCACAUCGCCGAAGUCAAGGAUCGGUAGGAUAGUCAGUUUUACGAGGGCAUGUUUGGCAGCAUGAGUGAAGGAGGCUUUGUUGCGAAAUAGGAAGCCGAUUCUAGAUUUAACUUUGGAUUGGAGAUGUUUAAUGUGAGUUUGGAAGGAGAGUUUACAGUCUAACCAGACACCUAGGUAUUUGUAGUUGUCCACAUACUCUAGGUCAGACCCGCCGAGAGUAGUGAUUCUAGUCGGGUGGGCGGGUGCAAGCAGCGUUCGGUUGAAGAGCAUGCAUUUAGUUUUACUAGUGUUUAAGAGCAGUUGGAGGCUACGGAAGGAGUGUUGUAUGGCGUUGAAGCUCAUUUGGAGGUUUGUUAACAGUGUCCAAUGAAGGGCCAGAUGUAUACAAAAUGGUGUCAUCCGCAUAGAGGUGGAUCCGAGCGUCACCAGCAGCAAGAGCAACAUCAUUGAUAUACACAGAGAAUAGAGUCGGCCCGAGAAUUGAACCCUGUGGCACCCCCAUAGAGACUGCCAGAGGUCCAGACAACAGGCUCUCCGAUUUGACACAUUGAACUCUAUCUGAGAAGUAGUUGGUGAACCAGGCGAGGCAGUCAUUUGAGAAAUGGUUAGCAUAUUUACCUGUGUGUGUGUGUGUGUGUGUGUGUGUUAGGAGGGGGGUGUAAGUGGGUUCCUCCAUUCCUUCAUAGCGGAGGUGUUUGCCAUGGUCCGUGCCCAUGUUGCAGCUCUGGGGGGCAACGCCUUAGUGUCAUACAGCAUGAAGGAGUGUGUCUUCAUGGAAAACCCCAACAAGAACCAGGUACAAAAACACACACACUGUUACUUUGCUCUGUUAGUUAAAGAACUGGAGGCCUAAAGCAUUACAAGAUAUUCUCAAAGAACCAACAGGUUAAAGAACCUCAUGUCUGUCCUCGCUCUCUUUCUCACUCUCUCCGUCAUUCAUUCUCUCUUUCUCUCUCUCUCUCUCUCUCUCUCUCUAGGCUCAGUGUCUGAUUAAUGUUAGUGGUGAUGCUGUUAUCUUCAUCAGAGAAUCAGACCAAGAGGCCAUACCCCCUCUGUUGACCAGCAGACAGACCAGCAGCACUGGGGCUGAUGGGACCACAUGACACACACACACACACACUUGAGUCUAGCCAUCCAAAUAAUCGGGAUUUGUGUCUGCCUUAAACAGAUGGACGUCAUAAGGUUAGGUAAGACCCCAAAAGUUACACAUGCAAACAAACACGCAGAGGUAAUGGAGAAAUUGUCUCUUAAUUGUCCAUUGAGGUUCUCUACAGAAGCCAUUUAGAGAGGCAGUCUGUCAUGUCGCUGUCUCUCUGUCUGUUUGUGAUAUUAUAGACAUUCCAAAACAUGGUAAAGCUUUAUGCAGCUAAAAGACCGAUCCUUCUCCAUCCAGUCUCAGCAGUCACUAGCCGGCCAUGCUAGAGUGGACAGGGUAUUCAUUAGUGGACAGCCAUGGGAGAGAGGACAGGGAAGUUACUAGAUGGCCAUGUUAGAGAGUACCAUACUCAGUACAGGGUAGUAACUACUGUAGAUGGCCAUGAUAGAGAUUGUAGAAAUAAAAGUAUUUUAAUUGUCUGUCAGACUAUUUUUUGGCCAACACACACACACACACACACACAC